CGGGAGGAGGAGGAACAGAAUAACACCAAGAAGAAGAAGAAGAAGCCCAGGUCCACCAGCAGCGCUGCAGACAACACCAUAGACACUGAGACGGAAGGAAAGGAGGAGAGCAAGAUGAAGAAGGAGAGAAAGGCCUCUGCACCAACAGAGGAGGAGGAUGUGAUCGCGGUGGACGAGGGGAAGCCCAAACGGAAGAAAAGGAAAAAGGUGGAUACGAAAGGAGGAGAGGAACAGGCGGAGGACAGAGAGAGCGAGGGAAAGAAAAAGAAGGUGAAGAAGAGCUCGUCUGAGGUAGAGACGGAAAUGGAGGACAGCACCCUUCACAAGAAAGGGAAGAAGAAAGGAGAGACUCCGGAGAAGGGGAAAGGGAAAAAUAAGAUAAAGGUGGAGAGCUGCGCCCCUGAAGACCAGGAGAGGGACCAGAAGGAUGUGGUCUUCCUGUCAGAGACCAGGGGAAACGCCUUCGAGAUCAAUAUUGAUCAGGGGAGACGCCUGGCCCUGCAGAAUGAGAUCGACAAGGAGUCCAACCCAGUCCAACUCAAAGCAGCACCGGUACCAUCGAGUUUGGGCCAGUGGGGCACCGCCCAGUUUGACAGUUCCGACCAACAAAAUAAGUUCCUGCGGUUGAUGGGCGGCUUCAAGAAGGGCGGGAAGCCAAUGACAGCGAGCGGUGCAACGGGAGGGCGGGCCAACAUGGCGCUGACGAAAGACGGACAGAAGAGCUUGCAGCAAGGCCUCCUGGGGGAAUUCGAACGCGCUCAGUCGCGCCGCAUGGACUUCACGGGAAGGGGGGUGGGACUUGGGUUCUCGGCGCCGUCCAAUAAGAAGUUCUCGAUCGACAUCAACGCAACCCGAUCGGUGCGCUUUGAUGACUGAGUCGGGACAGACCCUCGAGUGUGUGUGUGUAGCCUCCAAAACGGAUUUGGAUGAGUGUGUGUGCACCUUUUCUCUUGCAGGGUCUUGGGAGUGGGAGUGUGCCUGUGGGAAUGUGGUGUGUAUGAAUGUGUGUGUAUAUAUAUAUAUAUAUACACUGAACAAAAAUAU